AUGGUUACCACACUUGCUGCUUUGGCCCGCACCUGCCGGGUACACCACUGGGUUUUCAACGAUAAGCUCUACGACGCCGACGCCGUGCACCCCAAGGGAUCGCUAGCCGUGUUGUGGGGUGCAGCGGUCGGUCGGAUCAGGAGCAUGGAGCUGGCUCUCGCUCACGGGGCCAACAUCAACUGGAGAGGGUACGUUGGAAACCUGCCCGACCAGCGGCAGGUUCCUGACGCUUAUCCCGUAUUAAUCACGGCGCGCGACGUACGGGGUUCGACGAGGGACAGGCCGCGCCCGCAGGCCGGAGCACUGCAUCUUGCAAUCAAGAUGGGCAACGAUGAGGCCGUCGAGUGGCUUCUGGCCCACGGGGCGAGCGUCCAGCUGUGGUCCAAGUUCAUCUGUGACUGCUACGGCGAUCGGUAUCGGGCCCUGAGGUUUGAGACGUGGCCGGUCGGGUACUGCUGCAAUCCGAAGUGGUACGCGCUCCACCUCGCCAUCUGCUUUGGCCGCCUCUCGGCUGUCCGCCUGCUCGUCGAGGCGGGUGCGUCUCUCGAGAUACUCGUCCACGGCGGCAAGUCCGCCUACCACGGCCCGGCUCCCACGACCUACAGCACUGCAAAACGCCGCAUACGCCGGGAACUGGCGGAUCUUUGA